CAACCGAUCAAGCACUGCAACUUCACUCACUCUCACUAAACCAACACAAUAUCUCUGAAAAAUCAUCUCUCAUUCCGAGAUAUACUCAAAAUUUUGAAGAAGAUGGAAGCACAAAAUGUAUCCGAAUUGGAUCUGGCUUGGCUCGACUCCAUACAGAACUUUCUUCUCAGCGACAUCGAUUUCGAUUUCGGUUUCGAUUCGUCACCGACAGAUUCCCCGCUCAACGCGACGCCGAUCAACGACGACAGCGAUUACUCAACGCAGAUGAUCGAGGAGCUGCUGAGCGACGAUAGCGAUUCCGCGGUGUCGGAGGAGCCGCCGCAGAGCGUCGCGGAGUGGAAGCGGUACAGAGGCGUGAGGCGGAGGCCGUGGGGGAAGUUCGCGGCGGAGAUGAGGAAUCCGGACAGAAAAGGUUCGAGAUUGUGGCUGGGGACGUACGAGACGCCGGAGGAGGCGGCCAUGGCGUAUGACAGAGCCGCAUUCAAGCUGCGGGGAUCUCGAGCCCGGGUCAACUUCCCGCACCUUAUCGGGUCGGGUGUUUCCGAGCCCACCCGGGUGACGAAGCGGCGUCGUAUCUCGCAGGAUGCGACUGUCUCUACCUCAAAGAAAAUGAAAACUGGAGCCUAAUUAAUUUGAUUAUUUGGGGGUUUUUUUUCUUUGUUUUUAGGAAAUGUAAGUAUUAGAGCAGCCAGAUGUUUGAAAUUAUCAUUCUAUUUCGUGAGUAUUAAUUUUAGACUUUGAUAA